AUGAUAUAGUAAUAUGUCAAUUUCGUUAGAUUAAAAAAAGGGACGAGCGUGUAUUGAUGUACACGCGCAACAAAUGAAACUGCUUUAGAUUAUGACGCAUGACGCGUAACAUUUUCCUUUUGUUUGACAGUCAUUUGGCUUGGCUUGGCAACAUUGGUACGGCCUAGACGGUUUAGCCAGACGCGCUAACCUGUUGUCCUAUUCAAUUGUCUAUGGCGUUAACUACCAACCGCUAUUAACAAAAGCAAAUGUCAAAAAAAGAAACGAUUGUGGUUGUUAUUUAUGAAAGGAAAGUAAUAAUCGAUGAUGCAUAAAAAUAAAGAAACAAUGGAUGCCUGUUUGGCUGUAGAAAAGGAAAUUGACAAAGUUUUAACAAAAUUUAAUGGAAUAAACGAACAUGCAAGCAGGGUAUUGAACGAGUUGGUGUCACAAGUUGAAAGUUUAAAAGAAUUCGAAGCAGCUCCCGAUAAUCAUAUUUUAACACCUUUACAAGUAUAUCUUAUAAAGCAAACAAUUACUAAAGUGAAAGACACUGUUUCUCAAUUAACUACAAACCACAGAGACUUGCACAGUACAGUAUCAAAAGUAGGUAAAGCAAUUGAUAGAAACUUUAUUGCGGAUUUCACAGCAACUAGUCGUGGUGAUAUUUUUAAUAGACCAGAUAAAAUACAUUUAAUUAAUCAGGUUGUUUAUCAGCAUUUCUGUCGUCAAGGGUUACAGGAGGUUGCAGAAGAACUUUCUAAAGAAGCUGCAAUAAAAGCUGAGGUUCAAAACAAAGAACCAUUCACUGAACUAAAUCACAUACUAGACUGCCUUAAAAAUAAAGAUUUAGAUCUUGCAUUGGCAUGGGCAACAGUUCAUCAUAAUGAACUGGAAGCACAUAGUUCAUCCUUAGAAUUUAAAUUACAUCGAUUGAAGUUUAUUGCAUUACUAAAAAAAGAUCCUCCACAUCAAACAAAGGCUAUUGCAUAUGCCAGAAUGCACUUUGGACAGUUUGUUUAUAGACAUGAGAAAGACAUUCAAAUGUUGAUGGGUAUGUUGCUAUUUGUUCCAAAUGGUUAUGACAACACACGUUAUAGUUGUAUGUUUGACAACGAAAUGUGGGUAGAUAUUUAUGAGACAUUCACUCGUGACGCAUGUCAAUUAUUAGGCAUAAGUGUUGAAAGUCCACUUGCUAUAUGCAUUAAUGCAGGAUGUACUGCUGUCCCAGCUUUACUGAAUAUAAAACAAGUGAUGAUGCAACGUCAAGUCAGUGGCAUAUGGAACGGUAAAGAUGAAUUACCAAUAGAAAUUGACCUUGGUACCGAUAAAAGGUAUCAUUCAAUGUUUGCAUGUCCAAUAUUAAGACAACAAUCGACUGAAAAUAAUCCUCCCAUGCGACUAAUCUGCGGCCACGUUAUAUCCCGAGACGCAUUAAACAAAUUAUGCAAUGGAAACAAAAUGAAGUGCCCAUAUUGCCCCUUGGAGCAAAGUCCGAACGACGCUAGGCUGAUAUUCUUUUAAAAAUUGUCUAGAUUUAUUAUAUUUUAAGCAAUUGUAAUAUUUAAUGUAAUAUAAGCCUUGUUAAUGACGUUA